CACUUCCAUGUGUUGUGGGGGAGUGGAGUCAUUGGAGCGGCUGUGCAGAGCAAUGUCAACCCAAUCUGCGCAUCCGUAGGCGCUAUGUACAACAGGAGCCUAAAAAUGGUGGGGAACCCUGUCCUGCUCUAGAGGAGAAGGCUGGCUGCCUGGAAUACCUGACUUACAAGGGAGAGGACUGCGGCCAUGAACAUGUCCCUGCUUUCAUAACUACCUCUGAAUAUGGUAAAGAAAGAAAACGACGAGCAGCAUCUUCUCUCUGGCCUUCAGACGAAGAAGCUGGAUAUUGUGUAGAAUUUAAAACAGAAUCACUUUCACACCACUGUGCUUUGGAGAAUCGGCCGUAUGCUCGAUGGAUGCAGUACCUACGAGAAGGACACGUUGUGUGUGUGGCUUGCCAGCCUCCAGCUAUGAAUACCGACACACAUCGUUGUUCUGGAGAUGGCCAUAAUGCAGACGGAGGUAAAAUCUUACACUGGGAAGCAGUUGGCAACUCUCAGUGCCAAGGGACCUGGAAGAAGAUUCGGCAACUGGAACGCUGUUCAUGUCCCCUUGUGCACAGCUUUAUUUUUACAUAA